CGUGUUGUGCGGUCGACACCUCAACCACUACACCCCUUUAUGUUUCAGAAUCAUGUGCUGUUUACAGUCUUUAUAAAGAUACACACACGAUAUUUAUACAUCCUUGAUGACAGUUUAACCUUAAGCGAUGAAUACUAUUACACUACAGAAAAAAAAACAUCGGAAACACUUGGACCCUCUGUAAUGGAUUAAUAAGUUAACCAAUAAAAAGUAUGGGAGCAUGAUGGAAUGCAGAUGCACAUGCCGGUGCCGUAAUAUUUUAGCGAAAGACAAAAUGUAUAUUCACGGCAUAGGUCAUUUUGGCUUACAGAGAAUAAAAUGUUAUCGAAGAAGAUUUAGUGUAGAAGUCAUUCCUUCUCAAGACAUUUCUUGUAAAUCAAGCGAUUUGUGUUGAUAGUGUUGCAAUAUGAAGGUAUUUCCGGAUAUGUCGCGUCUUGUAUUCAUUAGCUUGAUGUUGGAUAUCUGUUGCGGCUCAGAAGAUGCUGAAAUACCGCCUCCUGUAAAUAUGACGGUAUUACGUAUACCACUGGGAAUUCUAGUGAGUUGGAAACAGCCAAAUACAUCCCUACAAGUCAUGUGCUAUCGUGUAUAUCACCGACAGGCAGGGAUAGAUCAUUCUGAUGUUUGGAUUGAUUCAGAUACCAAUAGAACUGCAAUACAUAUUUCACUAGCAGAGCUUUCGUCUAAAUAUGACGUGAAGAUACAGACUAUGUACAGUAACGGAGUUUACUCUAGAAAUGUGUCUGCUACAGUGAAUUUGCCUGAUAAAGUCACACAAUACAAAGUACACGUGUCAACAGGGGUAUUUCUAACUAUACUUCUACUUAUUUCUAUCACCGGGUUUAUCAGGAAUUUGCGUAAGCAAUCAAAGCAACCUGUCAAUGGUCAGCAUCCACACAAUCAAAGACAAAGAGCGAAUUCUGGUACAAACUCUGUAAGGGACAGUGAUUCAAAUAAUGUCGGUGAUAAUGAUUAUGAAUCUAUAAAUUCAAAUGAUAUAGAUGAUCAGGGGCCUUUGCCUUCCACGUUGACUUCAAACGAGGCUACAUACAAUCAACCAUAUACUGAAAACGAAUUAGGUCGUUUAACUACACCAAAGGUCGUAUAUACUGAUGAUAGUGAAGCAGCAAAUUAUAUUCAUCCAGUUCAUGAGACUAUUGACAGUAGCGAGUAUGAUGCGCAGUAUGUGCAAGGACGUAUACCUGAAGACCAUAAUACAAAUUACAUUCAUCCAGUUGCUGAAUUAGUUAAUCGAAAUUGACUGCGGAAUACACAAACGGGGUUUAUUAAACCUGAUACUUUUGAACUAAUAUCAGGAUACCUCUCAGGUCUGGUAACUGAAUUAUCAAUCGGUUAUCACACACUCUUGAAAAACAUGAUCAGUGAUGAAAGGCUUUGUAAAGGAAACAUAAACAAAAUGUCUACACUUAGUGAUAACCCGAUGCAAACUAAAAGCAGAAUGAAUUAAUUAAAUGCUCGAUUUUAGAGCAUCCCAUGCAAGGACAGUACCCGUAUUUGUUUUAAGACGUUCAUAAAGAUGUGUAAAUACUCAGACAUCGACACUCUCAAGCCGUGUUGUUUAAGAAGAUUAACCAUUCCAAGGGCUUGGGCUUUGCAUUCUAACUGCGAUCUACAUUUAUCGAGUUCUAAUGAAUCUGACGUUAUGCCAUAGAAGUAGCUAUCAUGGUAUUUCACCGGUACAAGCGUGAAUGCAUUCAUAUAUUGCAGAUUCCUUGUUUUCAUGUUUAGUUAGAUUGGCAAAAAAGUCAAACCACUUUUUAUUUUGUUAUAUUUUACUAUAUAUAUUGUUAGUGGGAGAGUGGAAACGAUUGCGCAAACAACCGUGAUGUGUAAAGGUGGUUCUAAACGUUUGAAAACUAAAACCGGUGGUAAUGGCGUAGCGUCAUAGAAUGACGUAGAAUUUAGUCGGGCCUCGGCAUAAGAAAAUGAAAAUCAUGAUAUGAGUUAAUGUUAACCGUGAGUAAAUCUUAGACUAUUAAAACAAUAGCGUUACUAUGUGUCAUAAGAUAAACAUUUAAAAGUGUAACAUGUUCAUCAAUUUCAUAAUAUCUGAAAGUCAUCUGGAAAUAUUCAGGCAUAUCUUUUUAAUCAAACUAGCAAGGGGGAGCGGUGGUUUAGUGGAUGAGGUGUCAGCCUUUCAUUCUAAGGUCCUGGGCUCGAGACUUACAGACGUCAAUCACGCCGUCUCAUAAAACAUUCGUACUGGUUUAUUUUAGGAAGCGGACUCGAGAAUGGUUACAAUAAGAUGAAAACUUGCAUCACUAUCGAGCUUUAAAAAUCAGUUUAAACUUAAUCCAACCAAACGGACCUAUGCAUUUUAUUUCAGCAAACAUUAUAUUAUAAGCAAAAAUUAUGUUUAUUUACGACUGUGAGAAAUUUUAGUAAGGUCUACUUUGACGGAAAUUGUCCGUCCGUGAAAAUUUUAACAACAUUGUGAUUUCCGUAUAAAUUCCAAUUAGGCCACACAAAAUUAAAAAGUUGUUACAUUUGCCACUCGUAUAUUUUCAGAAACUCACACACACACACACACACACACACACAAAUCCUUUUUAUUUUUUGUUUUUGACUUGCGCUCGUCCCAUUGAAAAAAAUCAAGGCGAUUUUUUUGGUGCGCUACCUUUUACAGACAUAACAACGUACAAAUGCUUAUCUAAACGUCUAUUUGUAAAUGAUAAGAAGACACUAACUUCUAUUUUUCAUUACAUGAAGUAUCGUCUGAAAUGCCUUCAGUUUUAUUUCUGUAUUUCUUUUGUAACGCUGAUGGUUUCGAAGUAAAUGAGACGAUUUUGUUAAUAAUAUGACUGCAUUAUUUUAAUUUCAGUUCUUGUGGUUUUGUGAUUUUAAUGAUAACUUUUAUCAGCAUUAAAUGCAUUUUCCUAAAUGAGGUGAUUCAACUUGAAGCGACCCCUGCUAAAAAGUGGUUUUGCCCAUUUGAGGCGCGUGCUAUUUUUUGUCACUGCAUUUUCAUUAGGCGCUUGCAAUAUACCAAUGAUGCCUACCAUUUCGGAUAUAUUAUUCUUUUUCUCCUCUUUACAAAGCACUUUCUGUAAGAGGAAAUUCCGAUUGAUAUUUGCUUUCUACUCACCAUGUGCACUGCAUGAAUGAAAUAAUCAAAGCAAAAUGGUCUUGUUGUCAUCUCUAAAGCAGACUGUACCUUUGAAAUGACAAUAUUCUGGUUGACUGAGUGUAGUAUAACUACAAGCAUGAAAUGACAUUGCUCUAUAUGAUUGAAAUAGCAUAGCAUUGUUUUACUGCUUGACUGAAAUUACAUUUUUUAUGAUUACACAUGCAUUGCUCUGGUGAAUUUCAUUAAACAGAAAUUGUGAUAGGUCUUUGCUUCCUGCCUUUACUGAAUGCAGUAUUGUAUUAGCUUUAUCCUUGUUUAGAAAAUGUUACACAAAUGAGAUAACUAUUAAAAAAGUAUUGUUUG